UUACGGAAGCGGGUGAAAACGGUGAAGAAAGCAAACGAAGCAAAGUGCACGGUAUCGAAUACAGCAGGCAGCAGCAGCUCAUCAUCAAAACACAUAAAUAAAACAGGAGGGGGAGGCGAAAAAAACGAAUAAACACCAAACACCAUAGUGAUUCUCUGCCCGUGCACGUACGGACCGAAGUAAAUCGACAAUUGGUCGCUAUUGCUCCAAAUGCUGCAAACGUACGGUUGGUGUGAUGAAAUUGUAGAAAGAGCUACCAAUAUUGUGCUGCCAGUUCUGUCGAUCAGGAGCGACCAGCACCCCUGCGAAUCAAACCGUCCUGCAGCUGUGCAUCUGUUUGUGGUAGUGUUGGUGGUGGUGCAUCGGGAAAAUUGCGUCGUAUUACGUGCACUGCUGGUGGAAGCGUUUGAUGGGCUUGUGGCACCGAAGGGAGCGAGGAAGUACGCCACCGGAAGCGAAAAAGCUCGGUGCUCUCACAACAAAGGGCGAACGUCAUCAUCGAUCCGCGGACAGCGGUGCGAACAGCCGUGAGGUGAAAGUGGUGACCGAAUCGCGUUCCAAUCAAGGGCAUUGGCGACGUGCUGCUGUUGCUGCUGCUGUGUGCGAUACCAGCGUGAUGAGCCCAAACUGGGGCCAGCUGCCAGCCCUUGCAAUAACGAACGUUUUCCAGCACUUGGACCAUCCGGAUCGGUUGAACGCGUCCACGGUAUGCUGGCACUGGCGGUCGGUGAUUUUUCAACCAAGAUUCUUUAAACGCAUCCAGUUCGAUGUUGCCCGUGAGCAGAACAAAAAGAAUAGCUUCUUUUUGCAAAAGCUGGCUCAUAUCGUAAGCGAAGUGAAGAUUACAUUCGAUUCCUGCAAUCUAUACGACGUUGAGUUGACAACGGAAAUUCUCUACAAACUUGGCAAAAGUGCCCGUUUGCUCAACCUCUCCAUAUUACCGAAAUUCGCAACCCUCGUUACACCGGGUCGUUUCUAUUCCGAGGAGGAAUGGAACUAUAUUCUCAAACUCUUUGUUCAGCCACUGAGAGCACUGCUUAACCGCAAGAAUCCUCCACUCCGUGCAUUGGAUUUGGGUUGUUCCGAAAUUCUUGCGCUUCAUGCAUCGGACUUUCUGAAUUGCACUUCGAAACCGCAGUAUCUGGAACGGCUUGCGUUCGCUACCGUCAAGCAGGAUCCCGGCCACUAUCCGCUUGGUUUGAUAGAACCACCGCUGUUUGAGAAGUGUACGUCGUUGCGUGUGCUCACGCUCGACUAUGACAGUUUGUGUGAUGAGUUGCUGCAAACGCUGCAACUGCUACCGUUGCGACAGCUUAUCGUACACGUGCACGGUAUCGAUGAGGACCAUUUUGGGCUGUCCGAGGACGCGUGGGCAAACUUUCGCAGCAAGAAUCCUGACACCGAGCUGCAUCUAACGUUGGUGUGUGCGUACGAGGCGGUGGAUAUACUGCACACCCACAUUCUCCGCCCAUCGAUGCCGCUAACUCAUCUGAAGGUGUUGUUCUGCGAGAAGAUUAAUUGUGAAGCGUUGGAAUAUCUUUCGCGCCAUUACAAGGACACCCUUCGUAGCUUGAUCUGGGUCGAUUCUAUGCGCAUCGAGGAAUAUCGCAAUAUCAUGGAAUUAGUGAUGCGCACAGAACAAGACCCACUCGUUAUGAUGGCAUGGCGGUGCAAGAAGCUGCAAGAACUCAUCGUCCACGGUUACGUACUUGAUCCGCACAAUCUUGUCGGUGUGGCACGCUUGCGCGGCCGCGAUCUCAACGUACUGGAAGUAUCCGGUAUCCAUCUGUCCAUCCCAUCCGUAAUGGUGACACCAUUUGUAGAGGAAAUUAGUGCCCAACUUGGCAAAAAAUGGUGUCCUUUGGAUGCAAAAACGCUUCCACCUGCACUCCGAUUUUAUCCCGUUUCGGAUGAGGUACGUGAUCAGUGCAUCCUUAAGUAUAUUCGCAAGGAUGUAAUGGAGUAAGUGGACCCAGUGCCGGACUGUUCGGCGUAAACAUCGCUGUGUGUAGUGUAUUUGUUUACAUUCUACUAUAUUUUUGAUUGUGACGAAGAUCGUUCAAAUUUAAUGAGGUUAUAAUGAGAAUUCUGAAGCACACACAUGCACUUAUAAAAGCGUGUAACGUUUGCACGUUCAUAAGCAAAAGUUUGUCAAGUAAGACAUGAACAAAUCGUGCAGAAAACGUAAUUUAAUAAUACACUUCUCGCUCCCAUACAAUAUUCGAACAAUACGAUGUGCCACCACCGCAAAAUGGAAUCAUUUUUGUUCCAAUAGUCAAUUGCGUUCGUUUGUUUGUGACUUAGGUACAUACAAGAUUGCCGUAUGGAAAGGCAGAAAAAGUAGCAAGUACUAGUGUUCGAAGAUCGAAGUGCUAUCGCAAAUCACAAACGUGAACAAAAGGGCGUGUAGAAGGAAAAGAGAUGAAAAUAUUACAACAACACAAACCACCUGCAGAAGCGGUACGGGUUGAAUGAAGAACAAGUGAACCAACGCGCUACAGCUGUAAUACCAGCAUGGAAGACUGAGAGCUUUAAAAACCACCUAGAGAAGUUGUACGAUCGAGUAGUAUUCACACCAUCGCAAAGCGCAUAGCGCGAAGGAAAAGGUUUAGCAAUUAAUCAACAAGCAAAUCCAUUAAUGCAAACUACUGUGGUGUUAGCAAGAGAAGAUUAAUAUCGGUUUUGGGGUCAUAUAUUUUUGUUUUAACUUUGUUCCCUAAAAUGAACUUUUUUCGUUUCGUCCCUACACGGUAAUGCGUACGAAUCAUCUGUAAGCAGAAGAAAGGGAAAUUUACACAUAGAAAUAGUAAAGGGGUUUAUUUAUACACACGAAUAUAUUUUAGUAAAUCAACUAGAGCUAAGGAAAACAUACGGGAAAAGUCCACUUUGUGGAGAUUAAGGACAGUGAGCACUCAUUUACGAUCACGAUUCUGACGUGCACAUAUCCACGAAAAGUCAAAUAGCAGACUUGAUAAGCAAUCCAGAUCUCUCGGUACAUAACAUUCAAAGACGACCCUGUGAAAGUGCGUCCCAAGUAGGUCAGCGAAACGCCCAUUGGACGGACAUUGUUCCCUGACGUUGAGAGUUUAUUCGAAAUCGAGGCAAACGUUGAGAAGAAAACCGAAAAGAUUUAACCAGUUCGACUGCAAUCUUGCCAUUUUAUUUUGGGGGGAGGUGUCGAAAACCCGCAAACAUACCAACAACGCAUAACAAGGAACGAACAACACAAACCGCAACCAAUCUGUGAUGAUAAUUACCACUCUUGUGUUACUUAGAAAAAGGAAACGAAAAGCAGCCGCAAGCAACGGUGCGUGCUCGGAACAAAAAGGGGAUGCACUAAAUUACACCAAAAUCGUUUCAGCGUAUUUAUGCACAGUUUGGUGCGUAUUUCGUCUAGUGUGCUAAUGUGUACACCGCACUUACAACGGAAAUGCAGCGGAUUUAUGUUGCGCAAAAAAGUACCUUAUUUAUUGUAGCAUAUAUUAUUUGUUGUUAGAUUGUUUUUGUUGUGUAGAGAUGCGUACCUCCAAACCCGGAAAGCAUCAAGUUCACGUCUUGUGCAUACGCAGACCACAUUUGUCUGCGGCUCUUUUAUGUAGCAGAAACUUGUCGGAAAAAAAUCCGCGUUGGCGACAAAGAAUCUCGAGCAAUAAGUUAAUGAGACAAAACCAUGGUAUCUCUAGCUUAACGGGCCUUGUAAAGCAAACCCGCAUAUAUAAACCCUGUCUUAAACGGAGGAACCAUGCUCAGUUAAAGGCAUUUGUAAAGGGAGGACAGUAAAAAAGCCGUUUUCUUUUGACAUUUUCAGUCAUACGAACGACACUUCACCGCAAAAAGCCGCCUCAAUUGUUUAUAAUGCGCGAUACUUAUAUUUGUUACGUACCAUUUGCGUUGCGUUGCCUAAAUUGUAGUCAAAAUUAAUUAAUCAGCUAGACAUGAUCAAACCUCGACUAAAAACACAGCUUUUGAAGUAAUCAGUGCAAAUGGCGAUUAGGAAAGGAAAUGAAAUAACUAAAUUCUUCAACUGAAGCAUACGUGUACAGAUGAUAAAGAUAAACUAAUCAAUCAGAAACAACAAACCAAUCAACCAGUAAAACGGAUAAUGGUUUUACGUGAGAUGUUACACAGAUAGUACUAUCGAAAGAGGUCAAAUUCCCAAUGGCAGGAAAGCAAAAGCACGCAAAGGAAAACCUUUCUGACACUGCAUACAACAAUAAUAAUACAACUUAAACUGAAUGGAACUUAAACACCUCACAAUGUAUAUGAUGGUCUGUAACAUGCAACGGAAGGGAAGUUAGUAUCUUACAAGGCUAGCUGGCUGGCAUACAAGAAAAACAAAACAUAUUUAACAAGCAAACAUCAUUGCAAACAAUCUCAACCGACUGGUAGAAGAAUACAAACCAAAAUCCAAAUUAAUUAGCUAAAGCAAAAAGGAAACAACAUAAACCGUCCUUUACAAACAAACAAACAAAUUAAAAGAGGAAAAUGAUCGAGUAGACAACAAGACUAGCAAGAAUAAUGUGCAAAGUUGAAACGUGACGUUAACAAAUUGCUAUAAAACAAAAACAUUACGCGAGAAUUGAGAAGGUAUGAUUAAUAUCGACAUGGUGAUCGAAGUGCAGGCUUAAUUUAAAGACAAACAGAUCAUGGUCAUGCACAACUGCUGUAAUACAAGAAGAUGAUUGUUUGCAACAACAACAAAAAAGUAACUCAAAAUAGAUCAUUUUAUAGAAGAAGCAAAAGACAAAGGAGAAGAAGGGAACAAAACACUGUCUGUUAAAACAAAGUGUGCCUAAAAUUCGAAGCAAACGAUAAGUAUAGUGCAUGUAAUAAAAACGGCGAGCUGCCACUGAAAAGAGAGAGAGAGAGAGAUAGAGAGAGAGAGAGUGAAAGAGAGAGAGAGAGAGAGAGAGAGAGAGAGAGAGAGAGUAAUAAGCAUAAAGGAGAUGUGUUGAUCAGGUCGUGGUUGUUCCGCAGGAUCAGAACAACCUAGUUGGAACAGGCACAGGAACAAAUUCCGAGAGAUCUAAAAGCAGAAGGUAGCCAGGUUAGGAAGCUCUACAAAAUACAAGAGUAACUACGUUCACUAUAAUAGUUGAACAGUUUAUGUUUUUUUGUUGAGGAACAACAGUACCAAUCAAGAUAAAACAACCAAGGCGUGUGUAACGAAAGAUGUAGCAAAGUGAAGCAAACAACAGCACAUACAAAAGCAACAAACAACUCCUUUAUAUGAAAACAAAAAAGAAACCUACAUCUGUGAUACUAUCAAGGCGGAAGAGAAAGACCGAAAACGAUUAAAAAAAAAAAACAAAUCGAGCACACAAUAUAGCAGAAAUAAAAAAAACUUUUGUGCGAAUAAAAAGGAAUUAAAAGAAAACGUAAAGAAAGAUACAAAUUAUUUCAGUGCAAUCAAAAGAGACGAAACGUUCUCAAUAAUAAGCAAGUGCCAGCAGAAAAACAUGCGAUGGUCGAGUGUACUAUGAGGCAGAAGGAAUUAAACAGCAAAACUCAGCUGCAGUGUCAUUAAGAAAAUGAAAAUAAUGCUUGGCCGCGUAAAAGAAAUAACCAUAAAACCUCAAAUGAAACGAACAUCCAUCACUCUCGUGAGGUGAACGUUAGGGAACUGAGGAACGACGCAAGUAACCCGAAGUCCGAAAUAUGCAACCCAAAUAGUAAUAUAUCUGUCGGGAUACGUUUUACAGCUAACAUGCUCAAAUUGGUAUAAAAACCACCUGAGAAGAUGGUCGUUAAAUUUUCUUUACUACACGAAAACUUUCUUUCCUUUCGGAAGAACUAUGGAACAGAUUAAAAAAUAGAUUUAUUUUAUGACAAAACAUAUAGCUAAAUUAUACAUAUUGUGCCACCGAGAGAAUGGACAGUCUUGAACAAGGACAGAGCAGUUUUGAGUUAUAAUUUAAUUUGCCUUGCAAGCGAUUCGUUACUUCACAAAGAACAGAAAGUGCUGUAAUAUAUUUAAAACAAACGAUUUAAAAAUCGAGAUAGAAAAACAUAAGACAACAAACAACUUCCGUAAGUGUGAAAGAGAAGAAGAAACAAUAGUAAUAAAAACACCAAACACAAAAAUUACAGCAAAAUAUUACAAAACAACAACAACUAGUGAGAUUAGCAAACGAAAACAAUUCAAUACGAAGUAGUGAAAAGCGCGAAAAGGUGUUCCCGCGUGUUCCAUAAACGUAUCAUCGUAACAUCGAACACAUGAAGACAAUUGAUGAGGUAGUGUAGGUACAACUUGAUGAAAACGCAAACAAAUAUCAAACGAAAUGAAGCGAACAUGCUUAAGAUAUAGAACUUACAGUGGAUUAGGUAAAUUGUCACCAAUUUUAAUAACAGAUGCAAAACAGGUGCAAAUCGUUUUUAUUCCAUAUAUGAAGGGAUGAGUUACAAAAAGGAUUGAUUUAAUAUCGUGUAGAAGGGUUGUAAAGUUGAUGAAGCAUGACAUAACUAUACGGUCCAGGAUAAAACCUUGACUGGAUCCGUGCUCAAUACUACGUAAAAUCGACGAUAGCUAAUGAUGGAUUAAAGAUCACUAUAAAAAGCCGACCAAGAAGAAUGGAGAGUGUAUAAUAAGAUCUGACAAUGUGUGAAUGAAACAACUAUUAAGUAAACUGAACAACACAAAACUCGAUAACAUGAGAUGAUUCCAUAUCCAGCACGAUGCAAUAAAAGCAGAUUUUAAGCUUCAGCGAAUAGCUGCCAACGUGAGUCACAAGAAUCAA